AUGGCCAUUUGGAACAAGGUGGUUCCCAUUGAAGAUCUGUCACCCCUUAUCGAUUUGAUAAAAGAUAAUGGAGGAGAAACCAAUCUUUCUUUAUCGCUGAGAAUACCUGGAUUAACAUGGAAUUCCAAAUACGGAUCCCAAACUUCUACAGAAUACAAAGAGUUAAAACAAAAACUAAUCAAUAAUGUAACAUUUGUCGAUGGUAUGUAUGGAAAGCAGUAUCAUACGAAUACUCAGUUGGUCUCAAUCCAGAGAAUAGCAGGAAUGCCUAGUGGGCAUAACGUGGUAGCUAAUCUAAAAAUCAGCUUUACCCAAUUAAAACACACUACAGCCAUUGAACUGCAGGAGAUCCUAGAGAACUUAAUAAUCGGUGGUCAGAAUACCGAGAUAGUAGAGUGUUCAUCGGAUGAUAACUUUUUUUGCAGCAUUCCAACUAACGUAAACGUACGACCAGGAAAAAAGUCAACGGAAAUCGUUGUCGGUUGGAAGACAUUCACCGAUGGAUUCAAUGACAACGGUUACUAUAGACACCACCGAUUUGUCUAUAAUAUUAGCAGCACAGCUAAUGGUACGACAACUUGGGCUGACACCUUGUCUACUGGUAUUUCCAUUGUUGGAGGUCUCAAACCAUUCACUCAUUACUGUAUUCGCAUGGCUAUAGAGAGCUUCAAGGCCAGUGGUUUCUUCAGCGAACCAAAAUGUACCAGAACAAAUCAAGACAAGCCAAGCAUUCCGCCAAUAAUCCUGUCCGCCUACAACACAAGUCACGUGAGCAUAUUUGUAGAAUGGAAUCAAACAAUACCACGUGCUGGAUGGAACGGCAUUCCGAUUGGUUACCAAGUGGAUUGGGUAGUAGGGAAUAGGAAUUUUGGUAUCAACGAUUCAUAUUACAACAUAACGACAGGCUUGAGACCGUACACAUGGUACACGAUCAAGGUCAGCGGUAGGACCAUUGUGGGUGCUGGGGCAUCAAACGCUGUUCAAGUUAGGACAUCAGAAUGGUGUAAGUAA